UUGUUAAUGAAAAUGACAUGUUUUCUAGUAGUUAUCAAUCCAAAUCCAAAUCAAAAUCAUCAUUAUGAAAAUUAGGAAUAUAUAUACAUCAAGUUCAUCUAUUUUGUUCAUUUUUCCAUUUUUCUAUUCAUCUUCUAAAGAUUUACAAAUUCCCUAGACUAAUAAUGGAUUUCUUCAAAACCAAAGGUGCGGUUUACAAGCCUGUGAAAGAUGUGAACUUAGGCCCUGAUAGCACUGAAUUCUAUCUCCAAGCCAAUGUUAAAGCUCCGCGCAUGGCUGGAAUUUUGAUCAAGAUUUUCACUUGGUUUUUGGAGAGUAUAUUUGGAAAUUUUCUGUUGUAUAUAUUGAAGAGAAAUAAUCUUUUUCAUAAGCAUAUUACAAAUGCAGAUUUAGAAGAAUCACCACUUUAUGUUCCCUUACAUCAAUUUGAAGCAGACCAGAAAGAACAAGAAGUCAAAUGCUUGGAUUCUGCUUUGACUUCACCAGAAAAAGUUCAUCUUGCAAUAGAUUGUUUACCUACAACUUUAGAAAAACCAAUUAAUGGAACAAAGUCUUCGUUUAAUCGGUGGACUGUAAUGGACUAUUUCAGAGCCUACACCUCACAAGAUAUAACACCAAACAUUGUUGCAGAAAGAUUUAUAGCUUCUGUUAAUGAAUCUUCGAAACCUCCACUUCAAAUGGGAUUCUUCAUCAACUACAAUGUUGAAGAUAUACUGAGACAAGCCAAUGAAUCGACUCUUCGAUAUCAGAAAGGGGAACCUAUCUCUGUGCUUGAUGGAGUUCUUGUUGCCAUCAAAGAUGAAAUAGACUGUUUACCAUAUCCUACUACAGGAGGUACAAAGUGGCUGCACAAACAAAGGCCUUGUACGGAAGACGCUUGCUGUGUUAAGCGUUUAAGAUUAUGCGGCGCCAUACUUGUUGGAAAGACUAAUAUGCAUGAACUUGGCGCGGGAACUAGCGGUAUAAAUCCACAUUACGGGGCUUCUAGAAAUCCAUAUGAUGUCAAUAGGAUUGCAGGAGGUUCUUCUAGUGGAUCUGCUUCGGUGGUGUCCGCAGGGUUGUGUCCUGUUGCUCUUGGUGUCGAUGGGGGAGGUUCUGUAAGGAUGCCAGCAGCACUUUGUGGUGUAGUUGGUCUAAAACCGACUUUUGGUCGUAUACCUCAUGACGGAGUUCUUCCUCUAAACUGGACAGUAGGAAUGGUUGGAAUACUAGCGGGCACGGUUGAGGACUCAUUGAUCGCUUAUGCAGCAAUCAGCGGUGAAAUUCCGUCUCAUCUGCCCUCUAGUUUGCCUGCCAAGAUAAAUCUUCCACUGCUGCCUUUAACAAAGUCCUUAUCAGACAUCAAGUUGGCAAAGUAUGGCAAGUGGUUUGAUGAUUGUAGUGAUGAUGUCAGAUUAUGCUGUUCACAUGCUCUAAGCAAGCUCCACGGUCGUUUUGGUUGGAAGAUUGAAGAUGUAACUUUACCAGAAAUUGAAGAAAUGCGCCUAGCACAUUAUGUAACAAUUGCAUCAGAAUGUCACACUUCACUUGAUUCCUUUCGAGAUAAAAAUUUAGCCGAAUUCGGAUGGGAUGCAAGAGUAGCAGUUAAGAUCUAUGGUGCUUUCAGCAGCAUGGAGUAUAUUAAAGCUCAGAAGAUGAGGAACCGUCAAUUGCAGUUUCACAACAAAAUAUUCUCCGAAGCAGAUGUCAUUGUGUCGCCAACAACCGGUGUGACUGCAUACCAAAUUCAAAAUGAUGCACUCAAGACUGGUGAACUCGACUAUGUCAACGGAGCUGCACUCAUUCGGUAUUCCAUAGCAGGAAACUUCCUUGGACUUCCUGCAGUCACUGUUCCGGUUGGAUAUGAUAAAUUGGGUUUACCAAUUGGUCUUCAGUUUAUAGGAAAGCCUUGGGCUGAAGCAACACUGAUUCACUUGGCAUUUGCAAUGCAGACUAUAUGCUUGUCAGAAUACAGAAAGCCAGCUAUAUUUUAUGAUCUGCUGAGAAAAAACUAAAUAAAUUCAUUGUGGGCACAACAAGCAUUGACCUGUCUAUUCAAACAAAGCCAGAGGAAGAGUUAUGUUGUCUUUGUUUAAUUUGAAGGUAGUGGUUACUAUGAAAUUUUCAAUGUUUCAUCAAUUGGAGAAAUUUUAUGUCCCACCACCUAUUCAAUUUCAGUACCAAGCAUUGCAUUUGUAUUGGACAAUUUGUUUUAAGAAAUAAAUAAACAAAGAAGUGGUUUGGUUGGAUUUGAAUGAAA